AUGAAAAGUAGUCCGGGUUUGGGGGGGGACACACGUGUGAAUAAUUGCACAGUUUUAGUUUUUAAUUGUUUUAUUUUAUUUAGUUAAUUAGUUGGCAUUAAUUUUGCUGACACUAGAUUAGAUCUAGGAUCUAGCGCCGCGAGCUACUGUACUGGCUCCGGCGGGGCGAUAUAUACCUUAGCCCUCUGACGACCAAGUCAGUAAAGGUAACCCGAGUUGCCAGA